AUGGGGAUCUUCAAGAACUUCAUCGAGCCUGGUGGCAUCGCUCUUAUCUUUACCGCUACUACCAUCUACAACCGUCGUCGCCGUCGUCCUGUCGUCAGCCCAUCGGACACUCCUACCGUUGAAUCUCCCUUGCUCCCGGAUCCAAAUGGUGCGAAACCUAUAGAAGAGGAUGGUUACAUCCGAUCAGUUGAGAACAGUCGGACAGUCCAGUCGCGAGUCCUUGCGCGCUUUCCCUUCCUGAUAGAGAUAUGGUACUGGCUGCUCAUAUACUGGAUCUAUCAGGGUCUGCGUGCAAUCUCAGCGCGAGCCAUCAGCGGCCACGAUUCCAUAUUUGACAGAGCCGAGCACCAUGCUCUUCAGAUCCUUGCGCUGGAACACGCCCUCCAUAUAGAUGCCGAGUUGGCGGUCCAACAAUUCGUCCUCACGAAAGCACCCUGGCUUAUGCCCUUUUUGGCCCGUGUAUACUACUCACAUAUAAUUCUGGGUGUGGCAUUCUUCGCUUACAGCUACACCUUCAUGAAGCGCGACAAGUUCCAAGCUAUCCGCCGCGCGCUGGCCUUUGAGAAUGUCAUCGCCUUUGCUAUUAUAACCCUAUGGCGGUGCUCGCCGCCUCGUCUUCUCCCGGAAGAGUACGGGUUCAUCGAUGUGCUACAUAGUAACAAUGGUGGCUCCGCCUGGACGCAGAAUAGGUUCCAGCUCACCAUCGCUGCAAUGCCCUCGCUGCAUUUCGGUAACUCGAUGUUCAUCGCGCUGUGUCUAGUCAAGUUCAGCCCACACUGGUACCUCAGGGUCAUCGCCCCUCUGUGGCCUGCGCUCAUGGCCUUCACAAUCGUCGCGACAGCUAACCAUUUCAUCCUCGAUGCGGUGGUUGGGGCGUGCGUGGUGUUUGUUGCGUACCGGUUCAACUAUGUCAUGUUGUAUCUUUUGCCCGUGGAGAGGCUGCUGUUCAGACUGCUGCGGCUGGAGAAGCCCUAG